GUGUAGAACGAGCAUCGCUAGGUUGGAGCGGGCUCGCGAUCGCUCCUCGAUAUUUUUAGUGCGACGAGAGUAUUUGGCGGGGCGUACCCGCGACUCCUCGCUCCUCUCUUCGUCUUCGUCUUCGCGAACGUUUCUCAGCGUCCUCCUAUGUUCGCGUCGUCUUCGUCGACGUGCCUUAGUGCCUCCGUUCGCGUCCCUCUCGAUUGACGCGUUCGUCGCGAUCGACUUGUAAAGAGAGAGAAAGAGAGAGGAGAGUAUCGCGUAUGAGAGCUGAUGAGUGGCACUCGUUUUCGCGCGAAAAAGAAAAAAGAGAAAAAGAUCCAAAACGCAUUGUAGGUCUUUCUCUUUCUCUCUCUCUCUCUCGCUCUCUCUUUCUCUGUCUGUCUCUCUUUCUCUCUCUCUCUCUCUCUCUCUCUUCCAUUCGUCAAGAGUCUUGAGAUAGAUAACUUCGUCUUCGUCGAUCAUAAUACGAAUGUGUUGUUACCUUCUUCGAUGAUGACCUUGAAUGAUGUGUCUCCUUCAUCUCACGGUGGAUCGAGCAAUCUUCUUAGCCCUCGACCCUGACCAUUCGGAUUUCGUCCAACGAAUCUAUCAUCGCUCGCGGCUAAAUUCCACUUAAUACGAUUUCUAACAUAACUCGAUAUUGAAAUCAAAAUUAGUACGGGUGACACUUCGAUCGUGCGUGUUUUUUUUUUUUUGUUUUCUUUUUUCCCCCCUUUUUUCCUUUUAAAUCAUUCGAACUAAGUACACUGACUGGCUCGUCUUUCGUUGCGGAUUAAACCAAUUCUCUCCAUUUGCUUUUGUGAACUAUUACACGAAUCUAAAUCAGGAUUUCGGGAUUUGAGUUAGCAAAAGUGCAAGUUGGUUGUCACACGUUCUUUUAUCAAGUUAAGUGGGAAUUUUGUAAGAGGAAAGAAACAAAGAAAAAAAGAGAAAAGAAGACGGAAAGGAACAGGAAAUAUCGAAUUACAAAUUAAUUCGAUCUAGUCUGUUAGUCAGAGCAAGCUAACAGCGUCAUCUCUUCCUAUUUACAAGUUAAGAGUGGAAAAUUGAUUUUGCUGAGCGAGGUAACAAUCGAGUCGACCGUACCUCGGACGGUCGACUGAUCGCCAUUACCGAUCGCCAUUAUCGAUCAUCGGACAAGCUCUUGAAAGUUUUCUUCUAUUUCAUCAUCAUCGAUCAGCAACGAUGUUCAUAUUCGCGCAACGCGACGGUAUGUCGACCAGCAGACAAGGAUCGGCGUCACGACGUAGUCGUUAUGCUCGUUCCUCGACAACGACCAGCGUGACACAGCUCUUAACUGAUUCUUGCAGUAAUUUGCUUCAACGAUUGACCACCAGGGUACGUGGCACUUCGACGGCUAACGAUCGAUCGAUCGGAACAAGACGAUCACCGAAUGCUAGCAAUUAUCUUAGCAGUGCCAGAAUUCGAUUAGAAGACAAGUAUUCCUCUAUAUUGGAUAAGUAUACCAAUAAGAAACAUGCCAAUGAUAAAGAGAAGAGUAUCGAGCUUGGUAAUGGAAACGUUGCUGGUUAUUCACGAAGAAAGAAUGAACGAGAGCAUAGCUUUAAUCGAAGAGAUUCUUAUGGUAGGGAGGAGAAAACAUUGGAACCAUCGAUGCCACGUUCUGUCAUUAAAAGUCCCACCAGUGUACUUUUAAGCGAGAAAGCUUAUCCUUACGUCAGUUCGGUUAACAUUAGAGAGUCUAAACGUGAGAAAACACCUGGUUAUCGUAGGACAUCCGAUAGACAAACACACUUAGGCUCGGAAGCUUAUCGACGUUACGGUAGACACAAAUCCGGCCACGCUGAGACACGCAAUAGAAAGGUCAGGCCACAUCGGAAUGGUAAAAGCGAACAACUCGACAAUUGCAGGUCGACCUCCCUUAGAUCUUUAGCUCGUCCAAACAGAGUCGAACCUUUGAGCUUAGUCGCCGGCAAGGAAGUUCUUAGCGAUCCAGAGAAAACACCAACCGGUAGCGGUAUUGUGGACGAUGCGAUACCAAAGUACGAACCUAACUACGACGAUAACGAGGAAGUUGAUCCAGCUAUUUCCGAAAGAGCAGCCAAACGCAAAGAGAUACAAAGUUUGAUUAUGAAAUAUGCGGCUAUGGAUGAGGCUUACAGCGAAUUAGCAACUGGUGGUGGUCAAGGAAAUGCGAAACCAAGUACAACCGAUAUCAUCGCCAGCAAGUAUAAGAAGAAUACUCGUGGUAGUAAUAACAAAAAGGAAGUCACGAAGAAUACAUAUGCGUCGAAUACUUCGUCGACUGUCAUUAACGAGGUGGAUACGAACCACGCGAUCAGCCCACGACCGCCCUCCGUCGAGGACGACGAAGACGGCCACCUUGUUUACCAAUCCGGCGACAUCCUGGCAAAUAGAUAUAAAGUACUGGCCACCCUAGGAGAGGGUACUUUUGGAAAAGUUGUCAAGGUUAAGGACAUGCAAAUGGAUCACGUAAUGGCUCUCAAGAUUAUCAAGAACGUCGAGAAGUAUCGAGAAGCUGCGAAGCUUGAGAUCAAUGCUCUGGAGAAGAUAGCCGCUAAGGAUCCUGAGGGACAUCAUUUAUGCGUCAAAAUGUUAGACUGGUUCAAUUAUCAUGGACAUAUGUGUAUCGCCUUUGAGAUGCUUGGACUGAGCGUUUUCGAUUUUUUGAAGAAAAAUAAUAUGUUACAGAGAGACAACAAUUAUCAACCUUAUCCGUUGGAACAUGUUAGGCAUAUGGGUUAUCAGCUUUGUUAUGCAGUCAAGUUUUUACACGACAACAAACUUACGCACACAGAUCUUAAACCCGAAAAUAUCUUAUUCGUAGAUUCCGAUUACGAAAGCACGUACAAUAGUAAAAAGUUCUCUCUUUUUAAGCGAAAGGAUGUGAGGCGCGUUAAAAGGACCGACAUCAGACUAAUCGAUUUUGGCAGUGCUACGUUUGACCAUGAACACCAUAGCACAAUUGUUAGUACAAGACAUUACAGGGCGCCUGAAGUUAUUUUAGAAUUAGGAUGGUCUCAACCUUGCGAUGUAUGGUCCAUUGGUUGCAUUCUAUUCGAAUUGUACCUGGGUAUAACCUUAUUCCAAACACACGAUAAUCGUGAACAUUUGGCAAUGAUGGAACGUAUAUUAGGUACAAUUCCACAUCGUAUGGCAAGGAAAACGAAGACGAAGUACUUCUAUUACGGUAAAUUAGAUUGGGAUGACAAAAGUUCAGCCGGCAGAUAUGUUCGUGACAAUUGUAAACCUUUAUACCGUUAUUUGUUGUCGGACGACGAUGAACAUCGACAACUAUUCGAUCUUAUUAAAAGAAUGCUGGAAUAUGAGCCAUCCCAAAGGAUAGCACUGAAGGAUGCCUUGCAACAUCCAUUUUUCGACUCUCUUCCAGCGCAUCAGAGAUUAACCGAUCCACGUGCAGCCGGUGAUUCACAACAAAGUCAUGAACGAUCGCACUCGCUCUCUCGAUGAAGCUAGGAAAGGGACCGACUUCCGUACUGGACAGACACUAAUAAUAAUAAUAAUAAAAAUAAUAAUAAUAAUAAGAAAAAAAAUAAUAAUAAGAAUAAUAAGAAUAAUAAUAAUAAUUAUCCAUUUUCAACGAUAUUACUGCCCUACGUCUUUGUACUCGCUUUCUCUUUAUCUCAUUUUUCCUUGAGUCUCUCAACGAUGAUAGUUCUUAGUUAUUAUCGUCGUUGUUAUUCUUGCUUGAGAAAAACUCGAUGACAUUAUGUUACGUGAAAUACUUUGCACGAAAAUACCCACGAAAAAAAUGAUUCGAAAGAAAAGAACGAAAGGAAAUAAAAAAAAAAGAAAUAAAUAAAUGAAUGAAUGAAUGAAUAAAAAAAUUAAA